UUUCUUUUCACCAACAUGUCGGCAUAGGAGUUUUUAUCCAAACUUUGCACUCAAUAUUUAAUAAAUUUGGACCUCUAGCGGUCCGCAGGCGGGUGAAUAUGGUGUGUGGGAGCGGCGCAGACUUAGUUAAGCCUUUUCACGAUGUUUUAUUCUGCAGGUUUGCAGCUUUAAUGGUAUUUAUCUGCAUAAACUUCCCGGUUUGUGACUGUGGAGGAAUCAACUCAGACAGAUGUCUCAUCUGGGGUCCGGGACUGAGCCCCGACCCGGUCCUACCUGUCCGCUACUUCUUCAUCCAGGCGGUCAGCCCGGACGGACUAAACCUGACGUUAUCUCCAGGUAAAGACACAUUUAAAGUGAAGAUAAGUCCGCUGGACAAGAAGGAGCACAUCCGUAUCCACGUCCCUCCACCACUGGACAGAGGAGACGGCUCCUUCUUGGUCAGAUAUCGGCUCUACGGCUCCGUGCUGAAGGGCCUGAUGGUUCAAGUCCUCCACCGAGAUGCUGAUGUUGCCAAGUCACCCUACAUCAUCCAAGGUCCAGUCUAUCACGAAUACUGCGACUGUCCCGAGCCCGAAGCCUCCGCCUGGCGGAGCAUCAUGCGCUGUCCCGCAGAGGAGCCUCAGAUUCUGGCCGACUUCAAAAGUUUCCCAUCGGUCGACCUGCAGCGCCUGAGACAGGAAGUGCCGCAGAGAUUCGCCCACAGAGGCGGCCUCAUUCACUACGCCAUCAUCGACAACCAGUUGUACCGCCGCACUCUGGGAAAAUACACCGACUUCAAGAUGUUCUCUGAUGAAAUGCUGCUGUCUCUGAUGAGGAAGGUGAAGUUGCCCGAUGUGGAGUUUUACAUCAACGUUGGCGACUGGCCGUUAGAGACGAAGAGGACGGAUGCCGUUCCAGUCUUGUCGUGGUGUGGCUCCACAGACACGCGGGACAUCGUCCUCCCCACUUACGAGGUCACACACUCCACACUGGAGACCAUGAGAGGCGUCACCAAUGACCUGCUGUCCGUCCAGGGCAACACGGGGCCUCCGUGGAUUAACAAAACCGAGCGGGCGUUUUUCCGUGGCCGGGACAGUCGAGAGGAGCGUCUCCACCUGGUCUCUCUGUCCAAGAAGAACCCCGAGCUGCUGGACGCCGGCAUCACAGGAUGGUUCUUCUUCAGAGACAGAGAGAAACAUGUGGGCAAAACACCGCUCGUUGGAUUUUUUGACUUCUUCAAGUACAAGUACCAGGUGAACGUGGACGGAACAGUGGCAGCGUACCGGUUUCCUUACUUGAUGCUCGGGAACAGUCUGGUCCUGAAGCAGGACUCGCAGUAUUAUGAAUUUUUCUACAGCCACCUGAAAGCGGGCACGCACUACGUCCCCGUGAAGAGAAAUCUGUCGGACCUCGUGGAGAAAAUCAAAUGGGCCAAAGAAAACGACGCCGAAGCACAAAAGAUGGCCCGAGCGGGUCAGACGGCGGCGCGAGAGCUGCUGCAGCCCAGCAGACUCUACUGUUACUACUACAGCGUGCUGCUCACGUACUCAGAGCGGCAGAGCGGACGGCCAACGCUGCACCCGAACAUGGAGCCGGUGCCUCAGCCAGACGACCACACCGCCGUGUGCGUGUGCGAGCGUAAAACCCACAAAGAAGAAACCAGUAUGAAGGAUGAACUAUGAUGACGCCGGCCUGUAGUCUUUACGUAUUGUCUUAUUUUUCUGUGAAACAUUCCCGAGAUGAUCGAAUGUUCCCGACGCUGAAAGAAAAUGUGGAUUUUUGAAGUUUACAGUCAAGUAUUACAGUAAUAAUUGUUGCUUUUAUUUUGGAUAUUAAAUAAAGAUUUUGGAAUUAUUUGCAAUAAAAACUCAGACAUUUCAAGUUGAGGCUGCAGGACAUUGCCCUCAAAAUGAUAACGGUAGUCUCAGUUUUGAAUACAGUGUUACAGUAUACAGUGUUUUUGUACUUUUUGUAAAGUUCUGGUAGUAUUGCAGGAAUCUGAGGAAACAUUACUGUUUUGUAAACGUGCCUUUGCCUUGGAUAUCUGUUUACAGUAUUGUCAUGAAAUAAAUACACCCUAAAUAAAUCCUAUUUUUGA